AUGGCUGCCAACAACAACAACAACAUGGCCGGCAACGGCCAGUUUCACGAGCAGCCCGCCCAGGGAGGUCACGGAGGCGGUCAUCGCGGUGGUGGUGUCAACCACGGCCAUCACGGUGCGCCCCCUCCUGACCAGGCCGGUGAAGCUGGCCCCGCCGCGAUGCAGCGUCUACUGCGACAGUUCCAAGCCGAUUUCGAGCAGCGAAUGACGGACGAAAGACGGGAAACCGAGCGGCGGAUGCAGGAUUUGCAGCGGGAUUUUGAAGAGAGAAUCCGGGGGCUGACCAACAAUCCCAACAGCAGCAGCGACAACAUGACCGGCAACGGCCAAUUCGACGAGCACGCCACCCCGGCUCCUGUCGCUGAAGGACAGGCCACUACGCCUGUGCGAGAUCAAGUCGAGCAGCUGCUGAAGAGGCGCCUGCAAGACGCAUAUCAUCACAGGCAGCUUCUGUCUCGUGCCCAGGAGGAUUUGCGGCGGAUCGCUGCUCUUCUCGGCAGGUUGGGCAGCACAAGAGUACGGCAGGAUACGGGGUUUGGGCUACGGGGUUGUCACAGUUUCAAAAGGAAUGGCUUUUGGUAG